UCGAGACAGCAAACCUCCGAGGCUCCGACUUCUGAACCAAAAACCCUAGCAUCGUGGUGUCGUGGAGAGCGGAGACAGUCUCCUUCUUAAGGUUUUGCCGUCCUUGUCACAGCUCGUCGCGUAGUACGCCACUGCCCGCUGCAACUCCCCUCCCUAAUCUUUUCUCGUCACUAUUCUUUAACUGGCGGUGGGUAGGUAAAAGUCACCUACUAAGUCUCGUCUGGGCAUGGAGCAAAGUGAGCGAGCGGCGGAGAAGCCUCUAUUCAAUCUUCCCCAAAUAUAAAUAAAAGGCUACGUAGAGAGUAUGUUACCCAACUCAAAGUAGUCGUGAGCUGCGAGUAAGAUGAGCUUGUUAUGAACAAACUGAAGCAAGUUCACGCCCACGCCCUCAGGAAUGGUAUAGACAACACCAAAUUCCUCAUUGUUAAACUUCUCGAAAUCCCCAAUAUCUCCUAUGCUCAGGCCCUGUUCGACCUUAUUCCCCAUCCAACCGCGUUUCUCUUCAACAAGCUCAUUCAAGCCUACUCCUCUCAUGGCCCUCACCAUCGGUGCCUCUCCCUCUACUCUCAAAUGCGCCUCCAACGCUGCCCACUGAACCAAUACUCCUUCACGUUCCUGUUUGCCGCAUGUGCUGCCAUCCCCAGCCUCCAGCAUGGGCGAAAGCUCCAUACCCAGUUCCUCAAGUUUGGUUUGGAUUUUGACCCAUUUGCCUUGACGGCUUUACUGGAUAUGUAUGCGAAGUCAGGCUUGCUGGCCUCUGCGCGCCAAGUGUUUGAUGGGAUGAUUGAGAGAGACAUACCCUCAUGGAACUCGAUGAUAGCGGGUUAYGCUAGGUGCGGGAAGUUUGCAGAAGCAAGAGAGUUGUUUGAAUUAAUGCCUUUAAGGAAUGUAGCUACUUGGACGGCUUUGAUUUCUGGGUAUUCCCAGAAUGAACGGUACGAAGAGGCUCUUGAGGUGUUCAUGGAGAUGAAGAAUAUGGAGGAGGCGAAGCCAAAUGUGCAGACCUUAGCUAGUGUCCUCCCAGCAUGUGCAAAUCUCGGGGCGUUGGAGAUGGGUAAGAAGAUCGAAGCAUAUGCUAGAGAGAACGGGUUCUUGAGAAAUGUGUUUGUCAGCAAUGCUUUGUUGGAGAUGUACGCAAAGUGUGGGAAGAUUGAUACAGCAAGAAGGGUGUUUGAUGAAAUUGGUAGUGAGAGGAAUUUGUGUUCAUGGAAUUCGAUGGUCAAAGGAUUGGCUGUCCAUGGCAGGUGGAAAGAGGGAUUAGCACUUUUCCAUGAAAUGCUGACAGGAGGGGUUGUACCAGAUGACAUCACAUUCGUAGGUGUUCUUCAGGCAUGCAGUCACGGUGGCCUGGUUUCUGAAGGCUGGCGACUCUUUGAAUUGAUGCAGAAAGACUUCUCCAUCGCUCCAAAACUAGAACAUUAUGGAUGUAUGAUUGAUCUCCUGAGCCGAGCCGGAGAGCUGAGUGAAGCCUAUUCUCUCAUAAAGAGCAUGCCCAUGAAGCCUGACUCGGUGGCAUGGGGAGCUCUUUUAGGGGCUUGCAGUUUCUACGGUGAUGUAGAACUGGCUGAGAAAGCAGCCAACUCCCUCUUUGAGCUCGAGCCGUGGAAUCCCGGGAACUACGUGAUUCUCUCCAACGUAUAUGCAUUAGCAGGCCAAUGGGACGGUGUUGCAAAGGUGCGGAAGCUUAUGAAAAGCAAUCAAGUUACAAAGUUGGCAGGAUAUAGCCUCAUUGAGGCAGGGGGCCACAUGCACAAGUUUAUUGUGGAGGAUAGAUCUCACCCAAGAUCUACUGAGAUCUAUGUGCUUUUGGAUGAAAUUUCGUCAAAGAUGAGGCUGCAUGGAAGUGUUGCCGAAUUGGAUGCUGAGAUCGAGAAUCAUGUUUGAUUGAUGGGUUGGUCCAGCGAGAACGAUGACAGAUAAAUAGGGGGGAAUUAUGUUUGAGUAACCCUGAUUUAUAACAAAGCCAAAUCAGGAUUCACCUUAUAAGUUAUAACUUGACGAUGCAUUAGAUGGACUCACAUUUUUUUGAGAGAAAGCAAAGUAUAAUAUCAUUAGAAUAAUAAAAAAGCAUGUACAACCAGCUGCUGUACACAGGGAUUUUACAAA